UAGAUCUCAUGUUUGUCUCUUGUGUCUGCAUACACACAGGUUAUAAUGAUGAGUGUGUGAAGAGCACUCCAGUGAACUACUUCUGGUACCGUGAGACCCUGAACGUCACACCAGACAUCGAGAUCAGCGGCUCCCUGCAGUGGUGGCUGGUCAUCUGUCUGGCCAGCGCCUGGUUAGUGGUCUACAUCUGCUUCAUCAAAGGCAUCGAGUCCAUGGGAAAGGCUGUGUAUGUGACGUCCACAUUUCCCUACCUGGUGCUGACUAUCUUCCUGAUCCGUGGCCUCACUCUGCCCGGAGCUACUGACGGACUGGUGUACCUCUUCACUCCUGAUUGGGAGAUUCUGAAGAACCCUCAGGUGUGGCUGGACGCUGCCACUCAGAUCUUCUUCUCUCUUUCUCUGGCGUUUGGAGGUCUCAUAUCUUUCUCCAGCUACAACACUGAGAGAAAUAACUGUGAGAGGGACGCUCUUAUCGUAGGAAUAAUAAACAGUGCCACCUCGCUCUAUGGCUCCAUUUCCAUCUUCUCCAUCCUGGGAUUUAAAGCAAACACUGCCUACAACGUCUGUAUGGAGGAAAACAUCUUGGCUGUGACCAACCACUUUGAGUUUUCAGACCAGAACAUCACAGUGGAGAACUACGAUCACUGGAUUGAGUAUCUAAAUCAAACAUCUCCAGGUGAGCUGGCCAAAGUGGACCUGAGGCCCUGUGACCUGCAGACAUUCCUCGACCAGAGCGCCUCAGGUACCGGCCUGGCAUUCAUUGUGUUCACUGAGGCGGUGAUCGAGAUGCCAGGCUCGCAGGUAUGGGCCAUACUGUUCUUCGUCAUGCUCUUCAGCCUGGGCCUCUCCUCCAUGUUUGGCACCAUAGAAGGAGUCCUCAGCCCCAUGAAGGACCUCAAACUAAUGCCCAAGUGUAUCCCCAAUGAGCUUGCAACCGCGAUCAUGUGCCUGGUCGCCUUCUCGGUAGCUCUCAUCUUCACCAUGGCGUCAGGAAACUACUGGGUGGAGAUCUUCAACAGCUACGUGGGCUCUGUUCCUUUGCUCAUCAUCGCGUUCGUCGAGAUUAUUGGAGUCACUUAUAUCUAUGGAAUGAAAAAUUUCAGUGAAGAUAUCUACUUCAUGACUGGGAAGAGGCCCAACAUCUUCUGGAAGGCAUGCUGGAUGGUCAUCAGUCCUUUGAUGCUCCUGGUGGUGUUGAUUUCCUACGUGGUCGUCCAGGCACAGAAACACCCCACCUAUCCCGCAUGGAACCCAGACUAUGAACUGUUCCCAAAAACUGAAACCAAGUCCUACCCAGACUGGGUGUUUGCCAUCAUCAUCCUCCUCUCUGUAGUACCUGUGAUUUCCAUCCCUCUGGUCGCUCUCUACAGACUCAUCUGCUGUGGAAUCAAGAAGUCGUCUGCUCGCGCCGACCUAACUCCCUACUACAACGACAGCUUUGAGGCUGAAACACCGCACAAGAACCAGAGAGCUUAAUUUUUUUUGUAAGAAACGAUGUUACUGCACAGAAAAGGACCUCCUGAUCGUUAUCGCCUCAUCUGUGGAAUCUUUAUUCAGCCGACAGCUGACAUAUAAUCAGUCACUGACUUUACUACUGAUUUAUGUUGUUUACAUUUAUCAGCGUUUAACAGAACCUGAAAACUUGAUUAAUUUGACAGAGAAAUUCUUUCCUUUGGACAUUUCUGUGUCGUGUUAAUGUACAUGAAGGACAGCUGAAUAUAAACGUUUGGGCACCCCAGUCAAAAUUUCUUAAUUUCUUCUUAAUUUCUUCAAUAUUCUAAGCAAGAUUACUAUAUUUUUAAAUUUCCAUCUUUUAAAGUUUUGAAAUAAUUAAAAAGGAAAAGGGCCUGAGGCAGAGGUUUGGGCACCCUGCAUGGUCAGGACUUACACUUCC